AUGGAAAUCCCGUAAGAUUCGACGGUCCGUCAAUCAAACAAAAGAAAACAGCGACGAUGAAAAAGCAAAUUCUCAGCCCUUUCCUUCCCUCCUUGUGUUUUUCCUCCGCCGCCGCCUCCUCCCCCUCCCUCUCCUCUCCGCCGCCGCCGCCGCCUUCUCCUCCGUAUCUGUAUUAUCCAUUACUUUAAUUGUAUUACUCCUUCCCGAUUCCGUUUUCUUCUUCCCUGCUUUUCCCUGUACAGCUCUAUCAAACCCGCCUUCUUCCUACACUCCCUGGAUCUCUCUCUCUCUCUCUCUCUGUUCCUGUCUGGCCCAUCUCAUCCCCCUUUCUUUCUCAUUUUAUUUCUAGGGUUUCCAUUUCCAAUUAUGAUCACUCUUGUUCGCUUUGAUCAUUCCUCUUCUGCCUUACUUUCCCUCUUUCCUCUUUUCUUCCCCUUUCAAUCCCUUUCACUUUUCUCCUGAUUCUCUCUGUAUAUUCCCUCAAUUUCUCAAGGGUUUUCCUAGGGGUUUGCUUCUGCUAUGUGGGUUUCUCUCUAAUUCCCCAAUUCUCCACCACUUCAUUGAAUUCUACGUACCCUUUGUGUCUCUGUUUAUAUUGUAUACUGGGUGUUCAUUUCUUUGGAUUUCUCCACUAAUAAUGGCUUAUCAGCAUAUUCCGGUUCCUAGUUCCGUUUCUGGAUCAACUUCCAGUUCUGGGUUCUUGAACUCUCCCUUUGGUGAUACCACUUACACCAAGGUCUUCGUUGGUGGCUUGGCUUGGGAGACUCAGAGCGACACUAUGAGGCACUACUUUGAGCAGUUUGGGGAGAUUCUUGAAGCCGUUGUUAUAACGGAUAAGAAUACAGGGAGAUCCAAAGGAUAUGGUUUCGUGACUUUCCAGGAUCCAGAGUCAGCUAGAAGAGCUUGCUCAGAUCCUACUCCAAUUAUUGAUGGCAGGCGAGCCAAUUGUAAUCUGGCUUCACUUGGCCGGCCUCGGCCACCUAUAUCUUAUGGACGUUUUAGACCGCCUGCAGUCUAUGUUGGACGAAUGCAACCCAACAGGGGAGCUUAUAUUGGAAAUUUUGGCUACCAACAACCGGUUUCUUAUCCUUAUCAGCAGGGACUUGCAUAUCCUCCUUAUAGUUAUGCUACUUAUGGACCUGAGUAUGUCUACCCACAGCAAUACCUGCAGAUUUAUGGGGUGCCUGGGUCAGCAAGCCCUACUUUUUAUCAUUAUGGACAAUUAGGUCAAACAGUCCCUGGUGGUCAUGGAUAUGGAGCAGUACAUGGAUAUGGAAUGCCAAGUCCUCAGAUCGUGCAGUUUAGUGGUCCUAAUGUUAAUGCAUUAACAUCUUCUCCAAUGCCUACAAUUCAGGCACCAUAUCCUUCAGGGAUUCCAGCACCUGUUGCAGCACAACCACAGUUUGUUGUUCAUUCUCCUUCUCAGUUUGUACAAGGUAGCGGUUCUGACCAAACAUCUGGGUGAGGAGUUGAUCAGGUAUCCAUAGAUUGCAGCAGGACUUAGAGCAGUGGAGCUGCUACAUGAGUGGCGGGCUUCGGAUCUAACCUUGCAAAUAAUUUAUCAUGCAUUCUAGAGGUCAUUGUCAUGCUCACCAGAGACGCCAGAUGGUCUUGAGUCGCUCCAGACGGUGGAGAAGGAAUAUGGAAGACCUUUCUUCUUCCCCAGUGUUUAUAAACUUUUACACGCUACCGACGCUCUGGAGAGUGGUAGGUAGUCGUCAUGGAUUGAUUGACGGGUGCUUGAAUCGGGUUUAAGCAUCUAUUUAGGAAUAAAAACUUGUAAAAAGAAGUCAAAAUUAGAAUCAAUAUAUGAUUCUUUCAUAGUAAACUCCCAGCAUUUUGGGUGUAUAGGAAGAAGUCUGGUGCUUUGUGUUCUAGUGGGUCUAUCAUCAUCUUGGAACUAAUAUAUGAUUAAGUUCAUGUGCAUAUUAGUUAUAUAUAGCAUUUAUUGUAAUUUGGAUUUGUUUUGAAGCCUGACUUCAUAAGAACGAAGCAGCUUCAGGUUCUAUCCAAUCCAGAAGAUUGAAUUGCUGAUGUUUCA